CUCCCGCUUUUGGUACAGCCUCCCUUCAAUUAACCAAUCAGGAUUGACAUUCUACGUCACGUGAUAACGCUUCCUUGAGUCUGCUGCCCACCACCUCGUGUGAAACUUGCGUUUUCCUAGUGCCUUUCGGCAUACAUUUUUGGAAAAUCAGAAUAUCAAAAUGAGUGACACAAAGACAGCUCUUGCUCGCGAUGGAACUAUGCAAGUUACUGCAAAGGUAAAUACAUUUUCAUGGUACUUUUAAAUAGAAAAUCUACACCAAAACAGCAUGCAGUACAUGGCAGAAAGAUCGCCAUUUUGCCUUGUAUUUACAAUUCAAACGUAAUUGUUUGCCCAUGUCUUUUUUUGUCUAAAUUCCCUCCAGUUAAUCGGGAUGGUCAAAAUGUUUUUUCAAAGCCAUCAUUUGAAGAUCUUAUUACAUACGUAAAUAAGAUGCUCUAGAUUUAAUUUGUACAGGUAAAGCUGUUUUAGUGUGAGUAUUUAAAAAUAUAUAAAUCUGACCAAAAUGUCUAAUCGGCGUACCCAAUUUUCAACAUGGCGGCCAUUUGGCAUGCAAGGUCAUAAAGCUUCGCUAAAACAUUUGAAAGAACCCGCUCGUGGCGAUGAAGCCGUCUCUAUGCGCAAAAAAAGCUGUUAAAAAAUAUGAACAAUAAGCCAGUAACAAUGUGACUUGUAAAAAUAUUAAUUUAUCUUAAAUAUAAGAACAUCUUUAAAUUGUGACCAAAUUACCAGCCAAAUUUCUUAGUAGGCCAACUGCAAUAAACUAUCUUAGCCUCAAAUGGAAGGCCUUUUACUUAACAAAUAAAUACUUCACAUAUGGCUGAUUGCUUAAGACUUAGGGCCAUCUAUUUCACAAUUUAAAAAAAAAAAAAAUUAAGUAGAAAAACCUAAACAUCUUAGUGAAAAUAAGACAACAGUACAGACUAGACAAUUUUAAUGGCAAAAAAAAAAAAAAAAUUAAGUAGAAAAACCUACACAUCUUAGUGAAAAUAAGACAACAGGACAGACUAGGCAAUUUUAAUGGCCAAAAAAAAAAAAAAUUGAAAUAGGACAAGCACUCUGCUUGCCAAUUGUUUAAUUUUACUAGACAUAGUUAAUUGAAAGGAGAUUUUAAAAGACUACGCCCAUUAGCAAUUAUAGCUUAAUUCGAUUUUGAUCAUCAAUCCCUCUUGUAGGUGCGUUGACUUCACACACUUUAUUUUUGAAAAUGUUUGCUCACAGACAUAAGUUGUUCCAAUUCCAUGCAUGCUGCAAACGGAUGUCAACUCUUCAUAUCUGAACAAAAAUCAACACCACAAAUAAACAUGAGAAGUUGUGAGAGAUCAGUAUACUCAUCCAGUGCCAGAGAAUACCACAGCAAGUUCCUAGCUUUCUCACAUAUUUGUAGCACUAUGUUCUCUCCAAGUUCUUGUGUUCUCCGCACAACUAAACUUCUGCAGUGACUAAGAAAGAUUAAAUGUCCUCUUGUUUCCAACACUCCUCUUUCUUUCACCCAUUUACAGUUUGUGUUGGUUAUCAGGCUAUAAUAUUUUAGCAGAAAUAGGCAUAGGCUUAAUGGAAAUUGAUUCUUAUUUUAAAAUUUGUAAUUUUUUUUUUUUUAACCGCUUUUCCUAUAAAAAAAAACACCUCAAGUUACUUGGUAGGUUAUUUUAAAAUGAUGCCAUCAUUUGUUAAUUAAUUCUUAUAAAUAAAUACAUUUUAUUUUAUGCUGAAAAUACGUUUUAUUUUAUGCUGAUCUGAGAUUGAACCAGUAACUUUAUUUUUACCAGUGAUAGACUGUAAUAGUGUAAUCUGUACGCCCAUUAAAUAUAAAUUAAUAUCUAUGGCAAAUACACGUCUGCAAAACAAAGUGACCGCAGAUUAUAUUAUAUACAUUGGUCAUCUACUUUCAGUAGUUAACUUUUUUUAUGCCAGCUUUACUCUAUCCCACUAGGAACUAAUAGGAUACAGUAUUGUACUGUUUUGAGAUGAUGUACGAUUUUAAGAGUUCAAGAGUAAACAGGACUGUUUUAAACAAGUAAAUCUAGCUAAAAUAAUUGAAAAUGGUAAAUUAAGGCGCAUAGCAACCAUGAGGUCUCUGCACCUGUGAAGAUCUCCGAGUAUUCUAAACAAAAUAUUGAAAUCUAAAUUGUAUCACAACGUCUCAUGUUCCUUACAUGUAGCAAAUUCAACUGCUGUCAGCGGGCCAUAGUUUGGUGACUCCUGCACUAUGCCAUUGGUUAAUUUUUUAAAAUAAUAAUAAUAAAGUGUAUUUCAAAAACACGCUUCAUCCCCAAAGGCUCGAAUCGCGGUACAAGAGUAAAAAAAAACAAACUAUAAUUUACCACAUUUAAAACAAACGCAACACAACAAAAACUAAUUACAAGCAAACAAUGUCAAAGUCUUUCUACCCAUUUCAACCCUGAGCAACACAGCUAAUAUGCAUUAAAUGGAAAAUAUGGUAGACAAUCAUCCCAGGUGUUUGCGAAAUAAAUGUCUUUAAAUCGGUUUUAAAGGACUCCAGUGUCUGAUUGUUUCUGAGAUCGAGUGGAAGGGCAUUCCAAAUUGUUGGACCAACAAAUGCGAAAGUGCGCUUUCCGCAAGUCUCAAGGCGAACACGUGGUGUCAAGAGUUUGCCACUGUCGGAUGAGCGGAGUUGUCUAGUGGGUACAUAAGGCCUCUUUUAUCAAAGUACCUAAUUAGAGAUGCAUUUCGUAGGUCAGGUUAAUAAUUGAAUUUAACUUAGGAGGGCUACAUAAAUAACUAUCUAUGAUAGACAAAUAAAACAAGCAACAGUGAAAACAUGAUGCGGUUUGCCAAGAUUUGGGAAUCCAAAUACUGAACUGAGUUCAUAGACCUAUUGAUGGACCUGAACGAUGUAUGUGAUUUUUCUGUUUUUUCACUAAGCCUUACUUGCUUCAUAAACCAUAUCCACAAUUGAUACGGUUAUGAUCUAUAUUAAAUUUUAAAUUUCUAGUUCUAUUGAUUUUUUUAUACAAGUUUCAAAAGAAAUAGAAAAAGAAACAUCCUUGCUGAUACCCUAACAACUGUUAAGGGAGAAAAAAAAGAAAGGCUGAAAGUGCUAACUUUUGAUUAGUUGAAAAUCGAAGAUCCCUUACAUAAGACUUCGGUAAUAAAAGAGACACCACUACAUGAGGUAGUGCUGGUAUACUACUAAGCGGUAGCUUAGAAAAUAUUUGAUAACUUGUGUUUCAAAAUUAGAAGGCAUUUAAACUAGAAUAUUUCCAUUUUGAGGUUUAAAAACCCAGUUGGAUCCAUAUUAUGAAUUAUUAUAAUUUUGUGUGCAAAAUAUCAGUUUAAUUCAUGAGAGUUUGCCGUGUACAGACUUGUUUAACCACUGGUUGGAGAAUAUGGUUAUUUAAGAGAGCGGCCCGCGUCUAUUUCCAUGGCCGCCAUCUUGGUUGCCUCGACCCGCUUACUUUUACGUGUUCACGGGUCGAGGCAACCAAGAUGGCGGCCAUGGAAAAAUUAAAUAAUUCACGUUUGCUAAAAUAAGGAAGAAAACGAUAAUGUAUGAAAAAAUUGUCUAAAAUCGAUCCCUAUGCCUAAUCUGAAUCCUAAAUCUAUCCCCAUGCCUAACCAUAAAUCUAUCCCUAUGCCUAACUUUAAAUCGAUCCCUAAGCCUAACCUGAACCCUUAAAACUAGCCGUAAAUCCACAAGUGAAGACACAUGGAAUUUCACACUUUGGCAAGAAAACUCUAAAAAUUAACAAAAAACAAUAUAAAAAAAAAAAGCCCCAAAUAAUUAUAAACUGAAAAAAUAUUGAAAAUCCAACUUACAGUUUCAUGAAAUACACUUUUACACACUUUAUUUCGGGUUGCAACGAAAAUAUAGCCACAAAAUGAAUAAAUCUCCACACCCUACAGGCACCCCAAAGAUAUUAAACAUGGCGGAACAAAAGAAAUAUGAUAAUGAGCCAACCAAUGAAAAUUUUAAAAUUAUAAUUAAUCAACCAAUAAAAUUUUAAUUCCGAAAAUGUAACUCUUUUAAUAAAAAUAAGAAAAUAAGGGGAGUGAAUCCAAAACAAAUUCGUCGUGGGCCGCUCAAUCUGAAACGGCCGAUAAAACUUUUAAAAAUUAGUCUUGUGCAAUAGUUUUUUUUUUAAUUAUUAUUUAAUACUAGAGACCUGAUGAUUUCUAUCAUUUCACCAUAAAUAUUGUCUUCUUUCAAAGACAGUAGAAACUAAUCUCAUGUCGUCUGUUGAACCUCAGCCAGUGUUCCAUUUGGUCAGACAUGCAAAACUAGCACCUAUGUUAUUGGCUUAGGCUAUAUUUUCAUCAUCAGUGGCGCUUACAGCCCAUGUAAGGUCCUGGCCUGCUCUACAUCUUUCUAAUGGUCCAUGGCUUUCUGCCUCCAUGCUCGAACCCCCAAUUGGUGUAAAUCCUUCUCUACACCGUCAAUCCAUCUCAGCCUUGGUGCCCCUAGGUUUCAUCCUGUAUAUCACUUUUGCUGCUCUACAUUCCGGCAUCCUUUCAAUGUCCUGUCCAGUGCAGUCUGCCCCUUUUUUUUUUUAAUGUUGCGACUAUGUGUGGGUCUUUGUAUAAUAGGUAUAGCUCUUGAUUUGUACAGAUUCUCCAUAUUUUCCAACACUGCAAUGUUCCCUCUUAAGGUUUGUUGGUUCGUGUGAAAAAUCAUACAGUUUUGUGCAAAGUUUUACAGCAUCAAUUUUUCUGUGUGCUAAAUUUUACAGCCCACAAACACACACUUACAUGGAAAUUUGCUGCGCGGAUACUCAAAACUGCUGCGCGACGUCUGUGAGAUCAUUGUAACACUGUACCAUAUAUUUUUCUGAGGAUUUUCCUCUCCCAUGUAUUGAGAAUGUUCUCUGCUUUUCUGGUAACUAGCUUUAGUUACUACUAGUCUUAUGAUAGUGGUGUAUAUCUUCUUUGUGAGGGGUUUUUUCUUCCCAGGAGCUUUUGUAUGCUGAAAUAGGAAAUAUUAUACUGUAUGUUAAAUGUAUUAUGUAUUAUAAUAGAUCUUAUUACGUAAUUAAUGGUUUUGUCGUAUGGUAACAACCAGUUAGGGUUUUCAAAACUGUUAUCCGGAGAUCUGAUUAACACCCUUAGUUUAGAUUCUAUCUUAUUUCACCAAAGCAACAAUAACAUAACUACAUCAAACAAAAUUAAUUUCAAAAUUGUACUUUUUCCUUUUUUUUUUUUUUUUUCCAACUCCCUGAUUUUAAAAUAGAAAUAAAUGUGAAUCUAAAUUUCCUUAAGUAGUCUUUUUUUUUUUUUUUUUUUUUUUUGCCAACUCCCUGAUUUUAAAAUAGAAAUAAAUGUGAAUCUAAAUUUCCUUAAGUAGUCUGUUACCAUUAUAAAAUAUAUCAAAUGGGGAAUAAUGUCUUAGAAUCUGUGUUUAAUAGCAGAAUAGACUGUCAUUUCACGCCACUGAUUUUCAUAUUUUUAAAAAAAAAAAAAGCCUUUGGGCUGACCUUUUUUGUUUCACAUUCUUUUGUCUUCAAAUUUAAUGCAGUUCAAAGUACUGGUGUAAUAAAUUUGAGCUGCUGCUUUUUUAGUUGAUGAACCAGAGUUAUAUAUAUAUUAUAUCGUCAUAAGUUUUUAAAAUGAUCAAGUACACACUGACAUGAAACCAUCCAAAGUGAAAUUAAAUGCUCAAGGGUGCAACCACUCAUCAGUUGGAGUUUCUGAAGACACUUGUGUGAUGAAAAUAGAUCUAGAUCUGUUUCAUUUUCAGGAGGGCAUUGAAUACCUUAAAGCUGAGGGCAAAACUCAACUGUUAAAGGCACAGGGUCUUGUUGAGGACAAGCCUGAUGUUCCUAGUGAUGGAACAAUAGUUUCCACAGCCAAGGUAUGUUCUAUCACCAUCAUUUUUGUUAAGAUGAAGUGGUUGAACCCUUGCGCUAGUAAAUUGCAUUUAAUACAUAAAUGCAUACUUAUAAUAUAAAGGCUUUUGACUACUGAGAUGGAACAUUUUUAUUUGAAAUACGGUUUGUUUCUAUUUUUUUACAAUUAUUUUUGUUGCCUGACCAAUUUGUGCUUUUUUGCAUUAUUUGAAUUGUUUCAGCCGGUCAAAAGUGGUACUGAUUUUAUUACUAAAUAUUGUUGCAAUUUGAAUUUCAUUUUCCCAUUUUUUUUUUUUUUUUUAAAUAUAUAUUUUUCCUUUAACCUUUUUAGAAUAACUUAUGCUUAUUUGGGUUAAAAUAUUUCAUUUUUGUUGCUCCAAAACUGUUUUUUCUGGGGCUGAAAAAUUUGAAUGUUUAAUAAAGCACCACCCAAUAAGCCGUUAUAGCGAUAUUUACAUCUUGAUUGCAUCUCAUAUUUUAUAUUUCUUAAAUUAUUUCAGGAGGGUGAACGUAUCCUUGAUGGUAAAAAGCCAGAUGAAGAUGCUCAAACUCGGGGCCAACAGAAACAGAUAGAAGAGUUGAAAAAAGAAAAGACACCUGAACCUCCUGCUAAGAAAUCAAAACUUGCUAAGGAUGGCACCAUGGCGGCCACAGCAAAGGUAGUCUAAAAGUGACAUAAUACAAACUUGAUAAUUUUGGAUUGUGUUGGUGUCUUUUUAAGUUGUAUUCCAAGUGUAAAGUUGUGACAAAGUUCUAUAAAUAUAUUGUGACUUCAGUAGAUUUAUAACAAAUUAUUAUUUUGGAACAUUUUACUGUCAACAUUUCUUAGGAAUUUUAUAUUUCCCAUCAUUUACAGGAAGGUAAAGCUCUGCUGUCUGGGGAGAAACUUGGGGACACAAGGCAAGACACUGCUGCACAGAAGGGUAAAGCCAAAGCUCCCCUUAAGAAAAACUCCACCAUUGCAAAAACAAUGGAAGAAGGUAUGUGGAUUAACUUGAGCACAAAUUUUUUUAGUUUAUUUAUGGCUUAUCUCAACAAUAUAUUGUUAAAAGAAAAAAGUCAUUAUUUUAUGGUUCCAAAAUGCUUUUAUAGAAUAAUCAAUGUUGAGUUUUAUUUUUUUUUUUUUAAAUCUUGCAGCUAAGUAUGUUCUUGAUGGUGAGGUAGACGUGAACUCUGGUAGAAAGACCCGUUCACAAAGCCGUGGUGAUCCUCCAAAGCCACCUGUUAAAAAGGCUCCAGCUCCUAAAAAAGCAGCUAAAGAACCAGCCAGAGGAGGCAAAGGUAAAAAGGGCAAGGCAGCUGAAGAGACUGCUGCUGAAGGAGAUGCUGAGGAGAAAAAGACAGAAGAAAAGAAAGAGGAGAAAAAAGUUGAAGAAAAGAAGAGUUCAGCAAAGGGUAAGAAGGGCAAGGCAGCAGAAAAAGAAGACGCUCCAGUAGCAGCAACAACAGAAGAGGAUUCUGAUGAGAAGAAAAGUGACAGUUAGUCAGUUCAUUUUGUGUAUCCACAUUUACAUACAUCUGGACAUGUCUGCUUUGUCAACAUUUGACCACACUUUUUGCUUUAAGGAUUAAGAAUAUCAAAAGCCAUUCAAUUGAGAGAAAGUUCACAUAAAAAGGAGGCGAUUUUGUGAUUAAAUGUUUACAAACAGAAUAUGACUAAUCAAUCAUCUCAAAAUAUUUGUUUCAUUUAAAUGUUGGAGUCUGCCACAUUGCAUAGUAACCGAGCUUAAGAUGAAAUUCAUCUUUUGGAUAAUUUUUGUUGGGAAUUAACUUGGUGGUUUUAAAAAAAAAGAAAGAGGUGUCAUAUGAGGAAGGAUGUAUUUUUUUCCAAUAAAUUCCUCAGCAAAUGUAUUUCUAGAACAAAAAGUAUUUACUUUUUAAUUAAAUUAUACAAAAUGACACUUGAUAUGCAGUGUGGAGGGCAUUCUUGUAUGAGAUAUCCAUUUUGUUUCCUAACUUGUUGGUUACUGUGUACCAUAUAACACCAAUUGGUGGUCCAUAAUCAUUGAAAGAGAUCUUGAUCCAUUGAAACAUGCUACUUUUCCUCACUUCACAGAAGAGCCUGUGUUUUUAGUGAAACUGGUCUAUUUGUGAUUUUCAAUCUUUGACGGUUAUAAAUCUGCUUUAGUAAAUCCGUGAUGCUGAAUUUUUUUAUUUUUUUUUGUAAUCAAAGUUGCACGUCCAUUCCACCAGUGCAUAAUUUUGUGAUUUGAAAAAGAUAGUUUAAUUUCUGUGGAUCAAGGUGUUGUUUUGGUUUUUUGAAAGGGAAACCGUGAAUGAAUAGAUUGUUGUAGUUAGAUUUGUUUCAUCAUUUUUAGUUCAUUGUGAAUAUCAUAUUUCAUGUUUGAGUUGAAUGUUAUUUUAAAUUUCAUUUGUGAGGGAUUUAUCUUACAUUUUUAAAAAUAUCUUUAGAACUUCAAUAAUCUAUUACAGUUUUUAACUAGACAUAAGUGUUUGUGCCUCUUGAUGAAUGGUGUGCUUAUGGCUGAGCAUAUUAGUCAUUUGGCAACAGAUUUGUUUUACAACUCUUUUUAAAUCAGUCCCAUCUGUUGAUAAAUUUCCCAUCUUCUAAAAUAACCAGGCAUAUUUUUAAAAAUUGUACAUUCUAUGGUCUUAACUGUUAAUUUAAUCUAAUUAUAUUUUUGUUCAAGUGCAAAAUUGCGGUUGGUUAUGAGAUGAGUAAAGGGAAAAUGUUGUGAAUACCAUUCAAUCUUCUUUUUUUUUUUUUUUUUUUUUUUUCUAUCUAUUGCCGCUUAAGGGAAGUUUCCAAUACAUUAGUUUGGCAAACAUGAUUACGUUUUCAUAACGAUUAACCACAAUUUUUAGAAAGUUGAAUGCAUUGUUUUUAGAUUAGCUGGUACUUAAAACUUUGGAACUUGAGACACGCAAAAAAAUUAUCUCAGAUCUUGUUGUUGUUCUUAGAAAUGCAUAAUUUUUCUUGACAAAAUUAAACAAGCUUUAUCAUAUUAUCACCAGUAUCAGCUCUGUAAUUGAGUUAUUUGAGAGAAAGGCAGCAUCAUUUUCGUAUGUCUUGGACUGCAGUUAAACAUGCCUAGGUUACUCAUAAUCACAGAUAAAUGUAUUAUGUCACCUGCACAGGUUUUAAUCUAGAGAAUGUCUGAAGUUGAUACAGAAUAUUUCACCAAGAGUGUUCUUUUCAUGUGCAGAUCUUUAAUUUUUUAUAAAUUUGUGAUUAUUGGUAACAUUUUUUUUCAGGGGUUUUAAAAAAUUUGGGGACCUGUUUACUCAACUCUACUAAGAGGUCAACUUAUUACAAAUCAGAAAAAAAAUGUUGGUUCAUAUAUUGAGGGUGUUAUGGUUUUAUUGAAAUUUCAGGUAACCUUUAGCAAAUGCACAUCCAUCUGUUGAAAGUGUGGGUUUGUGACAAUUUCUUAUGGUUUGAGUUUAUCCACAGGUUGACACUUCAUAUUCAAAGCAUGUCCGUUACACACAAGUACUCAAUUCAUUUUUAAUUUGACAAAGUUAUCAUUUUCUUCAUAAUGCCUGUCUAAUUGGUUGGAAAGAUAUGUUAGAUUUUAGUGUUCCAAUGAAAUGAAUAUUAUGUAAUUGAAAAAAUUUGUAUGCUCCAGUUAUGCUUGCACAGUGUGGUUUGAGUCAGUCAUUAAUAAAUUUUAUAGAAAAAGUAUUUUGCUACUUAAAAUUCAUAUUUUUACCCCCUUAAAAUGAAAUUUAAAAUCCUUGUUUUACUGUGCUGUAGCUAUAAUUUAAAUUUUUAGUAUUCUCUGUUAAUGUAAUUAAGAUUGGAUUUCAGGGGUUUAUUUCUUGUAUUCAUUUUUGAUAAGAAUUUUUAUUUCUGUAUGUUAUGACUAUGUACAAGUAUAAGAUCUAUAGUUGAUUGUUUUGAUAUCACUGAAGUUUUCCCCACUAUCGCUUCAUCCAUUGAAAACAAAAGGUUCAUCUUCAUCUUUCAAUGGUAUACGUCAUCCUUUUCUGCUUUCAUAAUAAAGUAUGUUGUAACAUA